AUGUCUGACGACGAAGCUGAUCCCGAGCUCUUGGAGCUGCUUCGUGCCCAUAUCCUAGGGAAGCCCAGCGCAGACGCUGACCCUGAGACAGGCGUGCUCGAAGGCGCCGAGUAUGUCUACGACAAUUCCAUCGACGUGGCGCUGGACAUGUGGUCAUGCAAGACGGCCGCCAAUGCAAUCUACAAGCAGAUGCAGGAGAAGAGCUACUCCACGGCCACAUGGUCCGAGCAUGAGCUUCACCCCAAGGCCAAGGACGAGGCCACCGUUGACUUCAUCUUCACAAUGGACCUGCUGAACUUCUCAUUCUGGUCGGAACUUUCCGAUGACAAGCGGUUCGCUGUAUCCUACAAGGACAGGACCUGGACCGGGUACUGGAGCUUGGUAGCGGCCCUGCAGCGGGCUCUCGACGAAGACAUUCCCAUAACCAGUUCCGACUUCUGGCAGAGCGAGGACGAAUGCACGUUGGACCUCCUGAGACAUGUCUUUCGGUCCACGACAGACGAGGAGAUACCCCUGCUUGAAGAGCGCCUCGCCUGUCUGCGUGAGGCUGGGCAGGUCCUUUACGAGAAAUAUUCAUGCAGCUUCACCAACUGCAUUAAAGCCGCGAACGGCUCUGCGGCUGGCCUCGUGAACCUACUGGCCGAUGACUUCGCCUGCUUCCGAGAUGAGACCAAAUUUGAAGGGCGGCGGAAACCCGUCCGCUUCCUCAAGCGGCCGCAGAUAUUGGUCGCUGACAUCUGGGCUUGUUUCCAAGGGGAAGGCUACGGUGCAUUCAGAGAUAUUGACAAGAUAACAAUGUUUGCGGACUACCGAGUCCCACAGAUCUUGAACACCAUGGGGUGUAUCUUUUACAGCCCCACCCUCAAUGAGGUUGUGAAGGAGAAGAAGCUCAUCGAAAGCGGGAGCAGCUGGGAGGUUCAGCUGAGAGAAGUCGAGAUCAACGCCAUCUUGAUAGACUUCUUCUUGUACGACCUCAUGAAGGACCUCGAGGCUAGGGGCCAAGAAUCGAUCCCGCACCACCGAACAAGGAGUAUCUGGUACUAA